AUGCUUCCACGAAGGAGAUAUAGGUUGCUGCUCUUCGUGGCGGCACUCGUCGUCUUUCUCUUCUACCGCGCCGCUCAUUACUCCGACUGGGACCCUUCAGAGUAUACGCGCAUUGGUAAACAACAGCAGCACUACUCCUCUCACUUCGACAGUGAUCGCAACCCGCUGUACAAACCUCUGGGCCAUGGAACCCAGGAAGAGCCGGUCAAGGGAGACCCUCAUCCUCCUCACCCCCCACCACCACCACCACCACAGCAAGAGGAGGAGGCACCAGUUAAGAUUCCCACUCUAAAGCCAGGAGAUCAGGACGAUGGCAGUUUCGGGCUGCCCACCGCUGCCGCACCUUUGGACUCCGCCAGCAGCACCUCGAGCGCGGCCGAGCCUUCGGUCACGGCCCCUAUACCAUGGUAUGAGAUAAUAGCACCGGGCAUGCACACAACCCCCGAGUCCUUGACGACAAGCACCUACUAUCCCCGCUGGCAGAAAUUCGGGGAGCAGUUCCCGGUCGCUGCUGAAGAUCUCAUACUCCUCCCGACCGGUACGCCGAAGCCUAUCCCAAAGAUCCAGUUCGACUUUCCCCAGGAGAAGCCCGCCGCCAAGGAGAAGCGCGAGGCGAGAUUGGCUGAGAUCAAGGCCGAAAUGACGCGCGCCUGGUCGGGUUACCGGAUGUAUGCGUGGAUGCACGACGAGCUGUCACCCGUUACCAAGUUUUAUCGCGAUCCCUUUUGCGGCUGGGCCGCUACACUUGUCGACUCUCUCGAUACGCUUUGGAUCAUGGGUAUGAGGGAAGAAUUCGACGAAGCCGCUCACGCCGUCAAGAAUAUCGACUUUACUUACAGCACCCAGCGCCUCGACAUUCCAGUUUUCGAGACGGUCAUCCGAUACCUCGGCGGCCUGUUGGCCGCCUACGAUGUCAGUGGUGGCCACGAAGGCAGGUAUAGGAUGUUGCUAGACAAGGCCGAAGAACUCGCCGAUAUUUUGUACGGAGCUUUCGACACCCCGAACCGCAUGCCUGUGCUGUAUUACCUGUGGAGACCCGAGUCCGUCAUGCAGCCGCGCCGCGCCACCAUCGUCAACGUGGCCGAGGUGGGGUCCCUCCUCAUGGAGUUUACACACCUCGCCCAGCUCACAGGCAAGGAGAAGUACUACGACGCCGUGGCGCGCAUCACCAACGCUUUGGAGGACCUGCAAAAGAGCGGCACCGCCAUCCAGGGCAUCUUUCCCGAGAUGCUCGACGCUGGCGGCUGUAACCGGACGGCGACGGAGCUUCAGCGACAGGCUGCGCUGCAGGCGCAAAAUGAGCUCAACGGAGUCUCGAGCUCUCCGGGUGCGGCGGCGGCGGGGGCGGCGGCGUGGCCACGGAACCCACAGAAACUAGAGAUAAUUAAUGUCGGCGACACUGUUUUCGGCACCUCCUUCGCCGGCCCUUCCAGUCCCGAUGAGGGCGAGGAUGGACAGGUGAAGAACGCGUCUGACGCCACUGCAUCCGAGAGUCUCGCGGCCGGGGGCCUGGCUAGGAGGGGAUUCCGCGAAGCGAACGCCGCUAAUGAUGAUGGUGCCUGGGAUGAGGGUGAUGAUGACGAUAAUGGAGUCGCCAUACCUGUCAAUAGCUUUAAUCCUUGGAGCGCAGCGAACAUGAUCGAUCUCGAUUGCGUGACUCAGCCGCCGUUGGUGCCCACAACUUACGGGUAUCAGUCGUACAGUAUGGGCGGUAGUCAAGACUCUACUUACGAAUACUUCCCCAAGACGUAUCUUCUUCUUGGAGGCCGCGAGCCCAAGUACCGCAACAUGCACGAAAAAUCCGUGGCCGCCAUCAAGAAAUGGCUCCUCUACCGGCCCAUGACCAAGGACGGGCGCGACAUCCUCUUCUCGGCCAAACUCACCACGACGGGUGUGCCCGAAGUCGACGCCCAGCGCGAAUUCGAAGUGACGCACCUGACGUGCUUCCUCGGCGGUAUGUUUGGGCUCGGCGCCAAGAUCUUCAACAGCGACCAAGAUCUCGAGAUCGCCCAGAAACUCACCGACGGUUGCGUGUGGGCGUACGAGUCGACCCCCUCGGGUAUCAUGCCUGAGGGCUCUACAGUUGUACCCUGUGCUAGCUUCAGGGAGUGUCCGUGGAAUGAGACGGCUUGGUAUCAGGCUCUAGAUCCCAUGUGGGAGUACCGCGACCAGCAGGUCCAGGAUUACUUUGAGAAUAAGAAGGCCGCGGAGGCGCAUCAGAAACUUGUAGAGAGUCAGCAGGAGAUACAGAGGAUGCGAGAAGAACAGGCCCAGGCUCAACCUCUAGGCGAUGAUGCAACAAUCGAUGAGGAGCGACCGACGGAGCCACCGUCUCCACCCGGUGCUCUCGAUGAGGAGACCGCUAGCGAGAAGAAGACGAUGUACGAGAUCGAGGUCGAGAAUAGCGGCGACGCAGCACCCAAGAUGGUAGUGGAGCCUGCGACGUCGGGGGAGACCUAUCGUUAUCCUCGCCCAGAACCCGGAGCGCCAAAGAAGGAGGUGAAGAAGAAGCGAGACGUCGGCACGGGGACGAGACGAUUGGAUGGCGAGGAUGCGGACGGGCAAGAUUUUAAUGUCGCUGAGCGUCCUACCAGUACCGUCGAUAGCGCUGAAGCCGAGCCUGGUUCCAACAUUGGGAGCAGCAGUGCCGGCGCUAGUGGUGGGCAGAUUCCGCUCGAGGAUAAGGACCCCAACAAACCCCCGACACACCUCGAAUUCGUCAAGGCGAAGAUUGCGAACGAAAAGAUUCCUCCAGGCUUCGUGAGAAUCCCCCACAGACAUUAUAUUCUACGUCCCGAAGCCAUCGAGUCAGUCUGGUACAUGUACCGCAUCACGGGCAACCCCGAGUGGAUGGAGAAGGGGUGGAGGAUGUGGAAGAGCGUCAUCGAAGCCGUGCGUACCGACGUGGGACACAGCGCCAUCCACGACGUGAUGGUGGAGAAGUCGCCGCUCAAGGACUCAAUGGAGAGCUUCUGGAUCGCCGAGACACUCAAAUAUUUCUACUUGCUGUUCGCGACGCCGGAUACGAUCAGUCUUGACGAGUGGGUGUUGAAUACGGAGGCUCAUCCUUUUAGGAGGCCGAAGGGGGAGAUUGUGUAA